AUGACCUCGUCAGAUGGGAACCACCAGCGGGCUCCAUCCCUUGAUCCCUUUUCACACCCUGAUGUCUACUACGGCAAUGAAGAUUCUCUUGCAAGGAUCGGAGAACGGCGACGCGCUUUUUCGACGAGCGUGAAGGACUACAACCGUGGGGAUAUUUCUGAGUUUCUGGGUACACUGCCGUCGAGACGGGGUAGUCAUGAUGAGGCCUCAGGACAGCCCCGCAAGUUCCUCAUCAAUGUAGAUGAGACGCUCGACGCCCUGUUAAAGCAAGAGGACACCGAUAAGAACAUGCAGAUUACCAUCGAAGACGCUGGACCCAAGGUACUCUCUGUCGGAACUGCAGGAUCGUCGGGAUACAACCGUGUAGACGUGCGCGGUACCUACAUGCUUUCCAACCUCCUUCAGGAGCUUACCAUUGCCAAAGACUACGGUCGCAAGAGCAUUGUCCUCGACGAGGCCCGCUUGAGCGAGAACCCCGUUGCCCGACUCUCGCGACUCAUCAAGAACUCCUUCUGGAAGGCACUUACGAGACGUAUUGAUGGCUCUAACAUCGAGGUGGCGGGCAAGGACCCCAAGGACUGGACCGAUGACCCUCGACCCCGAAUCUACAUCCCACCUGGUGCACCAGAGCAGUUCGAAUACUAUUCCAAGAUCGCCGCGGAAUACCCAGAGCUACGACUUGAUGUGCAGAUACUUGAUGCCAACAUCACCCCUGACUAUGUCAUGAAGCUCAAGCAGAAGCCUGGUUUGUUGGCGUUGGCAAUGACAAAGAAGCACGACGAUGAAACUGGAGAGGACGAAUACACUGGUGUCCCGUUCGUUGUACCGGGAGGUCGUUUCAACGAGCUGUACGGGUGGGAUAGCUACAUGGAGUCCUUGGGUCUUCUCGUGAGCGAUCGGGUUGAUCUUGCCAAGGGCAUGGUCGUCAAUUUCUGCUUUGAAAUCAAGCACUACGGCAAGAUUCUCAACGCGAAUCGUUCCUACUACCUGACCCGCUCACAGCCGCCAUUCCUGACCGACAUGGCUCUGCGGGUCUAUGAGCGCAUCAAGAACGACCCGGACUCGAAGGAGUUCUUGCGAAACGCAGUCCUUGCCGCCAUUAAGGAGUAUUACAGUGUCUGGGCAGCUGAGCCGCGACUGGAUCCCGUAACUGGCCUGUCGAGGUAUCGCCCUGAGGGCUGGGGUGUGCCGCCAGAGACGGAACCGACUCACUUUAUUCAUCUCCUUAUGCCGUACGCCGAGAAGCACGGCAUGAGCUUCGAGGACUUUGUGGAGGCGUACAACUCGCGCGCCGUGGUCGAGCCCGAAUUGGACGAGUACUUCCUGCAUGACCGUGCCGUGCGUGAAUCCGGCCACGAUACCAGCUAUCGUCUGGAGCGAGUAUGCGGCAACCUGGCUACUGUCGACCUCAACUCCCUGCUGUACAAAUAUGAGGUCGACAUUGCACGCAUCAUCCGCAUUCACUUCAAGGACAAGCUCGAGAUCCCCGUUGAAUUCCGGACCCCGGCGACCAAAGACGUCGCAACCGAGUCCUCGUCAACCUGGGACCGCCGCGCCCGCAAGCGCAAGCAGCGUAUGGACCAGCUCCUCUGGGACGCCGAAAAGGGCAUGUUCUUCGACUACGACACCGUCAAGCAGCAGCGCACCGACUACGAAACCGCCACUACCUUCUGGGCCCUGUGGGCUGGACUGGCUACACCCGCACAAGCCGCAACGAUGGUGGCUAAGGCCCUGCCUCGGCUCGAAGCCUACGGUGGUCUGGUCUCCGGUACGGAGGAUUCGCGUGGCCCGGUGAGCUUGGAGCGCCCGAACCGGCAGUGGGACUUUCCCUAUGGCUGGGCGCCGCAGCAGAUGCUCGCGUGGACGGGUUUCCUACGGUACGGAUACCAGGAGGAAGCGGAACGUCUGGCAUACAAGUGGUUGUACAUGAUUACCAAGGCUUUUGUCGACUUCAAUGGUGUAGUCGUGGAGAAGUAUGAUGUGACCCGUCCGAUUGAUCCGCACCGGGUUGAUGCCGAGUACGGCAAUCAGGGAACCGAUUUCAAGGGGGCGCCACGUGAAGGGUUCGGCUGGGUUAAUGCUAGCUACGUGUAUGGCCUGGAGAUUCUUAAUGCGCACAUGAGGCGCUCGUUGGGUGCUAUCACCCCGUACGAGACCUAUAAGAAGGCCGUUGAUGCGUCGUAUGCGUUUUAA